CCAACAAUUUCCAAAAAUACUAUCCUUCCACACAAAAUGCAGCAUGAAGGCGCGGUUAUAUAACAAAACGCGCCUCCAAGAUGCGGUUUGACUCUUCCUAGCUGUCAAACCGCAUAGCCACGUGGCGGUGCAUCAGACCGCGUGAUGGGGGAGCGAUCUGACGGCCAAACCGCGCGCCAGCUCAGCGAUCCGCGUCGGUCAGUCAAACUGCUCCCACGAAGCGCGGUUUGACUAUUGGGGAACGCUAACCGCGUGCUGGAGGCGCGGUUUUAGGCGGGAUAAAAGGACGAACCCCCCCCCCCCCUCACGUGGUUUCGUCCCUAUAUAAACCCCCCUUCCCCUCCCAUUUUCUGCACACCAAACUCAUUCCCCCCUCUCUCCCUCUAACUUCUCACUCUACCCACCCCCCUCCCAACCCAAAAACCUUAGAAUUAGUUAUUUUGUUGGUUGCGGCUAAGUCCGAUCUGCCUUCAAAAAACUUUUUUUUUCACUAAAAAACCUUCGUACCUCUGUCCGGAUUCCAAAAAAUGGCCAAUUUCAUCCAAGAAGAGGGCCUUUUCUAUGAUGAUUAUCAAACCAUACGUACUCAUUUUACCCAAUUGUUGUUGUUGUUAUAAUGAUUUAUUUAAUUUAUAUAUUAAUUGAUUUAUGUUGUUGUUAUGUUAUCGUAGUUUGGGCCGGAUGUUGAUAUUUACAAUCAACGAUAUUAUGUUGAUCAAGGACCGAUUGAUCCGACUGUUUUAUACGAUCAAGCUAAUCAUCGUUCAAGAAACGUUUGGAACGACCACAAGGUACAUAUUAUUUAUCAUCACUUGUAAUUUGUAUUUUGUUAAAGUAAUUUAUUUGUUUGUACAAUAAUUUACUUAAUUGUUAAUCGUAUUGAUUAUUUUCAAUAAUUUAAAUCAAUACAAUACAACACUUAUUUAGACUCUUUAUAAAGAAAUGCAUGUCUAAAAAAAUGGUGACUUAAGCGAUCAUCAUGAUCCCCCCAUGACCUGGGAAAAUCGGGCUCUAAGCGAUCUUCGGAUCCCCCCUUUUUCUGUCAAAAAGACUGUGUUUCUAAGGAGAUGUAUACCUCUCCUAAGAGUCUUACGAGUGUACUUGUAUUGCUUUACAUUAUUGAAAAUAAUCAAUACGAUUAACAAAAUAAUAUAUUUGAUUUUAUGUGUAUGUGUACAAAAAAUAAUUAUACUUAAAUUUUGAAAAUUAUUUUAGUUAUGUUAAUAUUAAUGUUUAUUAGAUAAUGUAUAUUUCACUAAAACAACUUUGAUUUAAUUAAUAUUGCAUCUUAGAAAAUUAUUUUAGUUAUGUUAAAAUUAAUGUUUAUUAGAUAAUGUAUAUUUCUAUAAAACGACCUUGAUUUAAUUAAUUUUGCAUCCUAUAAUAUUAUUUAGUUAUGUUAAAAUUAAUUUUUAUUAGAUAAUGUUUAUUUCUAUAAAACAACCUUGAUUUAAUUAAUAUUGCAUCUUAUAAUAUAUUUAUAUAUGUGUUUGUGACACGUUACCCCCGUAAGACUCUCUGAAAUCCACUCUCGCAAGGCGCCGAUCUGCACACACGAACAAGGAGGGGGCGCCUGGGCCCGUUAAUCCUCCGACGCCCAAGUUAGUUUAUUGGAAGAGAGAAGUGUCUCAAAGCUAGAGUUUAGUGAGAGAGAGUCCCCCCUGUGUAAAUGCUACCAACUGCUCCUAUUUAUACUCACCGGAGUUCGAGGUUGAUUCUCUCUACUUCCCUGUCUCCAUUUAAUGCUUUGUCCCUUUCUGGUCAGAUAUCCCAACCACCUUGUCAGACUCCUGGCACGUGACAGGCGCCCGCAGACGCUGAACCACAUGACAGUCUGGCCUCCUUUGGCUUUUAGUGAUUUGUCUUUAUGUGCCCUCCAUUUUGCUUGGGCCUUGCCCCCCAAUUGGGCUGUUUGGAAGUCCAAAUUGCCGCCCAUUGGGCUUUGCUCAUAAUACCCCAACAAUAUGUAUAAAUCAUCAACUUAUAGUGAAAUUUAAAUUCUUCUCUAGGAUGCAUACCAUAUAGUCCACUAUAAGGGCACGGCGAAUGUGCUUGAAUGGAACGACGUCAUCUUGCCCUUUCUAAAAAGGGCAAAAUUGAAUUCGAUAAGGCAUUUUAAUGGAAUCAAGAUCCACCGCCAACUCAUCACGGUGAUGGUAGAGAGAUGGCGAAAGGAGACACACUGCUUCAAUUUUCGUGAAAGCGAGUGCACCAUCACACUUAAGGACAUCACCAUCCUAACCGAUCUGCCCAUCGAUGAUGAUGUUGUUUGUGUGGACUCUACGCCACCACUCUAAAGUGGUCUGCAAUGAAAACUAAUACAAGAGGGACAUGACAAUGAAAAGUAAUUAAGUUAUUAACAUAAAAUCACAAAGGACAAUGAAAAGUAAUUAAGUUACUAACAUAAAAUCACAAAGGACAAAUGAAAAGUAAUACAAAACAAACUUAUGAAUUAACAUUAAUCGCAAAAACUAAAUAAUUUAAAGGUGCAAAACUGAAAUUUGAAGAAGGAAGAGGAGUAUGAAGAAUUUGAGUUCUCUGAAACAGCCUUUUAUAGGCAAAUAUUGCAGCAAAACCGCGGGGGGGGGGGGGGGGGGGGGGGGGGGGGGGGGGGGGGGGGGGGGGGGGGGGGGGGGGGUUUUCUAGGUCUGUCAUGCAACCCCACCCCCUGCAUGCCGACAUGUUUGCUGUCGGAUGACCAGGCAAACACCGCGCCUUGGGUCAGCGGUUUAUGUCUGGACAUGGUAAACCGCCGCUUGGUGGGGCGGUUUAUCAUGCCGACAUUUAAACGCUACCUCUUGAAGCGUUUUGUGGUAGGGUUAGUAUAUAACCGCGCCUUCCAUAAACUGUUUUUGCUUGAAAUUAAAAACGCCUCUUGGCGAGGCAGUUAUAUUGUAAACCGCUGCCAGGAGGCGCGGUUUCAAUGUUAACCGCUCAUUAGAGGCGCGAUUUUAAAUAAACGAUGAUAUUUUUGGAAAUUAUUGAGAAUAUGUGAUAUUUUUGUAAUUCUUUUUUUAACAGUGAUAGUUUUGGAUUUUUUCCCAAGAAGAGUCGCCUCUCUCUACCUCGCAAUUCGAUGAAUAAACAAAGACCCGCCAACUCCACUACCUAACCCUUUCUCCACCAGAGGAACGAUAUCACCAUGGUCCAUGGAAACAGUAAAAAAUCAGCCUUUAAAAACGCCCCACUCAAAUCCCCUGCAUUACACAAUCAACAAAUUUAGAAACGACAAUGGCAGGGGAGGCAAAGAAGAAGAGGGCACACUUCGUGCUGGUCCACGGAGCCUGCCAUGGAGCUUGGACCUGGUUCAAGCUCAAGCCUCUGCUGGAAUCCACCGGCCACCGCGUCACCGCCAUCGACCUGGCAGCGUCCGGGAUCAACGGCAAGGCAAUCCAACAAGUCCCCACUUUCCGCGACUACACAGAUCCCCUGCUCCACGCUCUGUCCCUCGUCGACGAGAAGGUCAUUGUCGUUGGGCACAGCUUGGGCGGCAUGAAUUGCGCCCUGGCUAUGGAGAUUUUCCCUGAAAGGAUUGCUGCCGCAGUUUUCUUGUCAGCUUUCAUGCCUGACACGCUCCAUUCACCGUCUUUCGUCCUCGAUCAGUAUUGUGCAAGAGCUCCAGCAGGGGCGUGGCUGGACACUGAAUUCGCACCAGCCAGCAGCUCGCAGCCUGAUUUCAUGACCAUGUAUUUUGGGCCUGAGUUCCUCUGUUCUAAGCUCUACCAACUCUGUUCCAAAGAGGAUUUGGAGCUGGGGAAGGCGCUGGUGAGGCCGAGCUCUCUGUUUUUGCACGACCUGAGCAAGGCGGAGAAGUUUACAGAGGAAGGGUACGGCUCCGUACGCAGAGUGUUUGUGAUUUGCAAUGAGGAUCAAGGGAUAAAUGAGGAGUUCCAGAGGUGGAUGAUUGAGAAUUACGUUGUGGAAGAAGUGAUGGAGAUCAAGGAAUCGGAUCACAUGGCGAUGCUCUGUGAACCCAGGAAGCUCUUCGAUUGUCUUUCUCAGAUAGCAGAUAAUUACUCUUGAAAGCACCUUUAUUUUUUCGACAUGACCCCAUGAUUGUAUUGACGAGACUGUAUUAAAAACCAAAUGACGCAGCAUCCUCAAUCUCAUUUGUUUUAGGGUGGUUAUACGGUUCGGUCCGGUUAAAUUUGACCAAAUUGAUUCGGUCCCAAUCAGGUCUUUUUGGAAAUAUAAGGACCAAAAAUUG